UGGAGGAAAACCAUCCCAGCAGAGCUAAGUUAAUUGCAGGGAGGGAGGCCAGAGGCAAGGAUGCGUUCCCAGCCUUGCAGCUCUGGGGAAUCACUGGAAGGAGCUCUGCUUACCUAGACACAACCAGAAGAGUCAUGGGGCAGAAGUGACAGCUGCCAGCAGAGCUCCUCUGCUCCUGGCUGUGUGGGAAGGGUUCCCUGGCUCAAAUCCUGGCCCUCAGCUUCAGAGAGCAGGUAUCUGCAGCUGGUGGGAGGGAACGAGCAGACCCUGUCCUGGCCUUGCCCAGUUGGCCGAGAGCCUUUGCCUGACCCCAGACACUUGCAGCUGAAGCCACCAGACAGACACACAUGGUCCUAAGCCUUUGCUCCCUCUGCUAUUUGAAUUGGAUCCCCAGCUCUGACUACUGACGCGUGUCAGCCCUGGGGAUUUCUCAAUCAUGACAAACUUGGUGAGAGUUCAUGUCCAAAAUGUCCCCUGGUGACUCAGACGUGAUCUCCAGCUCUUUCCCCUUGUGACCGGGACAAGUUUGUGGAAGGGGACUGGCAAGGGCUAGGGCUCACUGCUUUUUCCUACUCAUGUUUGAUGAAACAAAGUUGAAGGCCAGAGACACUUCAUGAAUCAGAACCAUUUUCCCCAAAUCAAAACGUUCAUCCCCGCUCCUAACCUGGAGCAUUCCCAGCACCAAACACCAGCAGACACGGCUGUAAUACGGCAGCUCAAAGCCCUGCUGAUGGCAACGCAGGGAUCCUACCUUUGCUGGCCGUGACAGCGGGCACUUCUCAGCCACCCGCUGUGCCUCUGCCGUGUCCAUGGGGUCCCUGGAUUCAGGGUGACCACACUCAUAUCUCAGGGCUCAUUCCCUGUCUGCAGCCACCUGCCAGGAGAUGGUGAAUGUGCAGUGCUGCAUCCUGAUCCUCACGGCUCACCUGAAGGGGAAGCGUCAGGGCACACCUGAAGACUGCAUCGAUCUUCUGGAUGAAACGGGGGCCCUGAUAAACCUGAGCAAAGUGGAAAAUCCUGCAUCCAAAUUCACCAGUAAAUACCUAUGGGAAAGGAAGCACUACAUCCUCAUAAGAGUCAUCCGAGGAGAAAGCUCUGAGGCCACCUGCUAUGAAUCCUUGCUAGAGAACCUGGGGAAGCACUACGCUGACCUAGCAGGCAAGAAGAGCCAGGCACCCACCUCACCUCCACAGAGGAGCCAAGGGUGCAGGCAUGACUCCUCUCCCCAGCGCAGCCCUUGUACACCAUCCACAGGACUGUCCUCUGCAUUCCACUAUGCCCCCUCACAACACCAGUAAUGGCUGUGGGUAGCAGGUGAAUUCAGGCUCAAGGGCAUCCCUAGAUGAGGAACAGACCCAUUACUGGUCACAAAUGCAGUGCAGCCACCCACCAGGGCUCAACCACCAUGCCGUACUGCCCAGGCACUCACCCCCAGCUCAACAAGAAUCCUCUGCUACUUGGCUCCUUUUCCUGGGAUCCCCCUGCUCCUCUCAGGGGUCCACACUACCACCUCCAAAGCAGCACCCUCCUGCUUCAAGGGAUCACUCAUGUUCCCAUGGCAUGGCCUGCACUCCCAAGUGACAAGAAACUGCACCUCCUUUCAACCCACCUGCGCUGGCAGCCAGGGGAACAUGCACCUGCAUCACUGGAUGAGUCUGCCUUCAAUACCAUCACCACACUGGCAGCGGCCUUCUAGAGACUGUCCACUGCAGUCACCAGGAAAAGCUGUUCAAGAGACAUCUGGAGUCUCCACAACUCCAGAAGCAGCAUUGCUAGCACUUAGCCAAGACAGGUCAGAAGACAGCACACACCUGCUGCAGGUGCUCCUGAUGGCUCUCCUUAACAGCUUCUCCACCCAUACCAGCACACACCAGUAUCAGUCUAAUAUUUAUUUCUUGAAGGCAGUUAGUUCAGACAGCUUCAUUACAGUGGUUCCUCCCUGCUCACACCGGGGCAGCUCACCACACCAAGCACUUGGGUUUAGAGUCUCUGGCAUCUACUUUUUUCCUUGGCUGCCUCUCAGGAGAGCACAAGGCACCCCAGAUAGGGCCAGGCACAGCUCGGGACAUUAUCUACCACCAAGAAUUUAAGGCUUGACAUUUAGAAGGGGCAGGACUUUCAACACUAGCCUACAGUAUCUGCUGCCAGCUUUUACCAUCUAGACAUGGAUUUCUUCACCGAUCCAGGCAAGGGGCUGAGAACUUGCCCAAUAUUCAACAGCCAGAGGUCAGCAGUUGACAGAUUAAUUCUGCCAUGAAAAUUCAGCGGUUAAACAUCUGAAAGUAUCAUGGUUUCACUGCUGUGCCACUAGAACUCCAGCUGAAGCCUCGAAGUUAUCUUUCACACUAACAUGGGGAACAGGGUCUCCUGCUGGAGGCCAGUCUGCAGGCAGCACUCAUGAAACUGUUCUGCUACAGUAAGAGGAGAGCAGCUCUGAACUUAACCUGAGGCUGGUGACCUUGAGAACAUUGCAUAACCUGCUAAGGCUUUUAAGUAAGAUCAGCCGACUGUAUCUGCCAGACAGGUCAUAUUUUCUUAGCUCU